AUCAGCGCGGGCCACGGUGAGAUUUUUUCGAUCUACUUUUCUGGGAGACGCAGCGGCAGCAGUCUGCGUGUGUUGCUAACGGAGGGGACGAGUAGAGAGCAGCUAAAACCAUGAGACCGCUUUUACUUGGAGUGUUGGGCUGCUCCCUGGUCCUGUCUGUCCAAGCUUUGUACUCAGCUAGUGAUGAUGUUGUCGAGCUCACCCCGUCCAACUUCAACAGGGAGGUGAUCCAGAGUGACAGUCUGUGGCUGGUUGAGUUUUACGCUCCCUGGUGUGGCCACUGUCAGAAUCUAGUUCCAGACUGGAAGAAGGCAGCCACUGCCCUCAAGGGGAUUGUCAAGGUUGGUGCAGUAGAUGCAGACCAGCACAAGUCACUGGGUGGACAGUAUGGCGUCAGAGGGUUCCCUACCAUCAAGAUCUUUGGAGCCAAUAAGAACAAGCCAGAGGAGUACCAAGGUGGACGCAGUAGCCAGGCCAUUGUGGAUGGAGCCAUGAACGCUUUGCGCAGUCUGGUGAAAGAGCGACUGAGCGGCAAAUCUGGCAGCUCUGGCUACAACAAACAGCAGAGUGGUGGUGGCAGCAGCGGCAGCGGCAGCAAGAAGGAUGUAGUCGAGCUCACAGAUGACAACUUUGACAAGAUGGUGCUGGAGGGUGAUGAUGUGUGGAUGGUGGAGUUCUUCGCCCCCUGGUGUGGGCACUGCAAGAACCUUGAGCCUGAGUGGGCAGCUGCGGCCACAGCUGUCAAGGAGCAGACCAAGGGCAAAGUUCGCCUCGGAGCUGUGGAUGCAACUGUGCACCAGGUUCUUUCCAGCCGCUAUGGGAUCCGUGGCUUUCCCACCAUCAAGAUUUUCCGCAAAGGCGAGGAGCCCGAAGACUACCAAGGAGGCCGCUCCCGUGGUGACAUCAUUGAGAGGGCUUUGGAUCUGUUCUCCGACAAUGCUCCUCCUCCUGAGCUGGUGGAGAUCCUCAAUGAAGACAACUUGAAGAAGACCUGUGAGGACAGUCAGCUGUGUAUAAUUGCUGUUCUGCCUCACAUCCUGGACACAGGUGCAGCUGGUAGAAAUGGCUAUCUGGAGGUGAUGCUUAAGAUGGCAGAGAAGUAUAAGAAGAAGAUGUGGGGCUGGCUGUGGACUGAGGCAGGAGCUCAGAUGGAGCUGGAAGCUUCUCUGGGUAUUGGUGGAUUUGGCUACCCCGCCAUGGCCGCCAUCAACACGCGCAAGAUGAAGUUUGCUCUGCUUAGGGGUUCUUUCAGUGAGACCGGCAUUCACGAGUUCCUCAGGGAACUUUCUGUAGGCCGGGGCUCUACUGCUACACUGGGAGGAGGGGCCAUGCCUAAGAUUCACAGUGUUGAACGCUGGGACGGCAAAGAUGGACAGCUUCCUGUAGAGGAGGACUACGACCUCAGUGACGUAGAUCUGGAUGAUGACUUUGAGAAGGACGAGUUAUGAGCCCGAACAGGGCGGGAUCUGAUCCAGACUGGGUUGGUUGGAUCUGGUCUGGUCUGGUUCUGUGCGACCCGCCUCCCCUCUCCCGUGGACGAAUGGGAGGCCCAGUCGCCCAGUUACUGAAAUACUCCAGAAAAGACACAUGAGAGACACCUGCAGUUUCUCACAUCAUCUUUGUCAGUCACACAGGGACAGGAGGGAGGGAUGGGGGGGGGUGUGUGUGUAUAGUGUCCCUGGAGUGAACUCAGUCUCACGUACCUGCUGAACUGUAGAAGCUGCAUAUUUAUACAGCCACUGCGAACUGAGAAGAGGAGGGAGGAGGUUUUGAAUGUGGCAUGUCAGUUGUUCAAGUCUUUUUCAAACAUUGUCCCCCCACCCCCUCCCUCUCCAGCCAUCCUCUAGCACCUAUUUUAAGAUGUGGACUUCUCAGAGUAAUACUUCAGUGUCCAAUCUGAUGUGUCUAAAAAAAAUUUUUUUUUCUCUUUUUAAACCAGUGAAUGAGAAUCUUGGUGGGUUUGCAUAAUGUCUGUCCAGGACAAGGGGAUACUGUGGGACUUGUGUAGAUUUUUCUUACACGACUUUAUUUCAAUUGUGUGAAAACAAAAUUACAUUUUUGUUACAAAAAUAAAAAGGAAUAAAAACAA